UUAUAUUGUCUUGAAAACAAAGGUUAAUGUGUAAUUUAUGCGUGCAAACCACCUGUAUUAAUGUGUUAUGCAAAAAUACUUAAAACCUUUUGUAUCCCCUACAUUGUAUUAAACACUUGUAGUCGUGUCGUUGACUUUGGUCUUAUAAGUACUGAAAUUACACUGCAUAUUUUAGUGCAAUUAAACAGUACACUAUAACUGUUACUAUGAUAAAUAUUAAAAUUAUUCUUUUGCUCGGUUUGGCGGCGUACGUGGCGUGUCGUAGCGGUAAAAUAAAAGGUACUACAAACAAAAAUUGGUACAAUGACGACAGCGACUCCAGUGAAUCGAUUUCAUCAAGCGAAGAUAGCGAAGAUGAAGUUUAUUGGCCUAAACAACCCAAUGGACUCAACAAUAAACGUAAAGGAAACGCCAAGGUUACGGCUAGAGAUAAAGAUUUUUCAAGAACCGGAGUGGGAAAACAGGGUUUAAGCGUAGAAUGUACCGACGACGGAGCCCUGGUCAACGGCAAAUUAGCUCCAGAAUAUGAUGUAAGAAACCAACCUCACUUUGACAUGACUGGUAAUGGAAUGAAGAUCAAUGGCCAACAGGUUGGGGAUACCGGGUCAAGACAAGGCUCAAAAACAGAUAAAAGAUAUCAAGAGAAAACUAGGUAUACUGUGAGACGUGGAACAAUAUUGGACUUCCCAAUUCAAAUAACAUAAACACAAACAAUGUUAACUGGAAUAACAUGAACUCGAGUUCACCAAGGCCUAAACAACACGGCAAAGCAAAAUCAAAUAUCCCUGCGAAAUCACCAAAACAAAAAACAACAGUUGCAAACAAUCAAGGAUGCGGGGCUGGUGGAACCUUAAGUAACUUUGGUAAUUUUGGAAAUCAAGGUUUGAGCUCAAACAUCACGGUAGCAGGGAAUUUAAUUGGAAAUCCAAAAAUAAACAUUGAAAGAACUGCCGACGGCUUAAAGAUCAACGGUAAAAUAGUCCCAGGAGUCAAUCCAUACGACGUAAUAGAGAUAUAUUGGAAACGAGAAGGAGGAAUCGAAGUGAAUGGUGAAGACAAACCAGGAUUCGAAGAUAUAAAAAAUUGCGGAAGUACGUCAAUUUUGGCGUCAAUAUCAAAUCCAGCUUAUAACAACGGUUCUGGGCCAAGUCAAGCACCAGAUAAAAGAUAUCAAAAGAAAGGUGGAAACAAUAUUGGACUUGCUAAUUCAAAUAACAUAAACUCAAGCAAUGUAAAUUUGAAUAACAUAAACUCGAGUUCACCAAUCGAAGAUAGCGAAGAUGAAGUUUAUAUGCCUAAACCGUACGGCAAAGCAAAAUCAAAGAUCCCUACGAAAUCACCAAAACAAAAACCAACAGUUGCAAACGUUCAAGGAUACGGGGCUGGUGAAAACUUUGGUUGGCAGUAUAAUAACAGAAAUAAUAAAGAUGUGCAGUUCAACAACGUUGGUAAUAGUGGUCGGCAGUUUAACAACAUUGGUAAUAGAGGUACGCAGAUUAAUCAUCAGGGUAAUGGAGGAGGUGUGCAGUGUAUAAACAGUGGUAAUAUAGACUACAGUGGCAGUGAAUCAUCCGGGUAUGACACUUCAGACUCCAUGCAAUUUGAUGGUUAUAAUACAGGUUGGCAGUAUAAUAACAGAAAUAAUAAAGAUAUGCAGUUUAAUAACUUUGGUAAUAGAGGUCGGCAGAUUAAUCGUCAGGGUAAUGGAGGUGUGCAGUAUAAUAGCAGUGGUAAUGUAGGAUAUACAACUUUUACCCAAGAUAAUGUAACCGUAGAAAUGAAUGGUGAUGCACUCACGAUCAACGGCAUAAAAGUCCCAGAAGUUAAAGCGAAGAAUUUAAAGCAGGUAAAAUGGAGAAAAGGUUCACUCAAGAUCAACGGUAAAAUAAAUGAAAAAUUUACUGGAAUACCAGGAAGAGGAACCAUGAAUUUCUAA